AUACUACUGCUUUGUUAUCGGUGCCAGCUCAACAGCUGUGCAGAGCGCUCAUUUGUUUAGUAAAUUUCUCUCGCUAAAAUACAAACAGGUGCCAUCAAUCUAUGAAAUUUGCAAAGCAAACAACUUAAGCUUAAAGCACAAAAUCUAUAUACUCAAAUCGGUGACACAAUGCGGCCAUUUUCUGGAGGGGAUUGCGUGAAGCCCAUCGGCGGUUGCAUCAAUCGGGCCUUUGGCGACAAGGAGCCUUGGCAGGUGGCUGCAAUUACAGCAACAACUGUUUUGGGCGGCGUUUGGAUUUGGACGAUUCUAACUAAAGACGAAAGUCUGUAUGUGCGAGGCAAACGUCAGUUCUUCAGACUAGCCAAGAAGCUGCCACCUGUUCGACGACGCAUCGAGCAGGAGUUAAAGAAAACGAAGGACGAAUUUGAGGCGGAUAUCAAGAAAAGCAACCAACACCUUACAUACUCACUCCGUCUGCCAGAAAAGGGUCUGAGCAGGGAACAGAUUCUGGGCCUGGUUGACGAGCAUCUCAAGACUGGUCACUACAGUUGGCGCGAUGGACGAGUGUCGGGUGCAGUCUACGGCUACAAUCCAGAGUUGGUUGAGCUGGUCACAGAGGUGUAUGGAAAGGCAUCGUACACAAAUCCUCUGCACGCCGAUCUAUUCCCAGGCGUGUGCAAAAUGGAGGCUGAAGUGGUUCGCAUGGCUUGCACUCUGUUCCACGGCAACAGUGACUCCUGCGGUACUAUGACCACUGGAGGCACCGAAUCCAUUUGCAUGGCAAUGAAGGCUUACCGAGACUAUGCUCGCGAGCACAAGGGCAUCACAAAGCCCAACAUCGUUGUGCCUCGCACGGUGCAUGCAGCAUUCGACAAGGGCGGUCAGUACUUUAACAUUCACGUGCGCUACGUUGAUGUCGACCCAGAAACCUACGAGGUGGACAUCAAGAAGUUCAAGCGUGCUAUCAACAGUAACACCAUUCUGCUUGUUGGCUCUGCACCCAACUUCCCAUAUGGUACAAUUGAUGAUAUCGAGGCUAUUGCUGCUCUAGGAGUUAAAUACGAUAUUCCUGUGCAUGUUGACGCUUGUCUGGGCAGCUUCGUUGUAGCUCUUGUGCGUCAUGCUGGCUAUCAGCUGCGACCCUUCGAUUUUGCUGUAAAGGGCGUUACCAGCAUCUCAGCUGAUACCCACAAGUAUGGUUUUGCCCCCAAAGGCUCAUCGGUCAUUAUGUACUCAGAGAAGAAGUUUAAGGAUCAUCAGUUUACGGUCACAACCGACUGGCCUGGUGGCGUCUAUGGAUCCCCAACUGUAAAUGGAUCACGUGCUGGCGGCAUCAUUGCUGCCUGCUGGGCCACAAUGAUGAGUUUCGGCUAUGAGGGAUACCUGGAGGCAACCAAACGCAUUGUGGACACAGCGCGUUACAUCGAAAGGGGUGCACGCCAAAUUGAUGGUGUAUUUAUCUUUGGCAAGCCGGCAACUUCCGUUAUCGCUCUGGGAUCCAAUGUAUUUGAUAUUUUCCGGUUAUCCGAUGCACUGUGCAAAUUGGGCUGGAAUCUGAAUCCAUUGCAAUUCCCCUCUGGCAUUCACAUCUGCAUUACGGACAUGCACACUAAGGCCGGAGUGGCGGACAAAUUCUUGGCUGAUCUCCGUAGCUGCACGGCAGAGAUCAUGAAAGAUCCCGGACAGCCCGUGGCUGGCAAAUUUGCUUUGUAUGGCAUGGCUCAGAGCAUACCCGAUCGCUCGGUUAUUGGCGAUGUGACCCGCUUGUUUCUGCAUUCCAUGUACUAUACACCUGAGAAGUGAACAACAAUGUGCAACGAAUUGUAAUAAUCCAUCCCACGAAACCCCAACUUUGUAUUGUUAUUGUUUCCACAUGUAUAUCAUCUGUAGAAUAUUGAUUGAAUGGCGUAAUCGAGGGUACAAAGUCUUUGUUAUCGACAUUUUUGGAGAUCAUUUUAUGUGUAUUUAUUUGAUUACUAUAUGUCAACUGUGAAUUGUAUAUCUAUUAAAAGAUUCCAAGUAAUUGAUUGUAGUUUUGUAAUAUUUGAUGUCACCUUAUUUAUAAGUUUGAAAUGAGUUGCGUCUUUAAUUUAAUUAUACUUGGCUGCAGAUUUUACACGCUCAUAUCCUCUCUUUGUAAGUUAUGGACAUAUAUUUUUAGUUUCACUAACUAUCGGAAGCGGAAACAUUUAUUUAUGCGGCUGCUCAUUUAUUUCAUAGAGCACGUGUCAGGUGUCAAAAUAUCUCUAGGUGCUGGCAGCAACAAGUUUUCGGCAGACUCAUUGGAGACGCGACACAAGACGAAGAACAACAAAAAGCAAUACAUUAUUUUUUCACACAGCUGUGCAACAAAUGAAACCUGUCGCACAUUAACAUGCGUCAGUCAAAUUUGUUCACUCCCACACAAGUGUUUAUACCUUUGAGUCUCCUAUUCACAUUACAAAAUAUUCCCAAACGAGCCGAAAACAAAAAUGAUAUCCAAACACCCAAAACAAAAACCGGUGUUGCCAAAAACAAACUUUUGAGUAACGAAAGAGUUGUACCGUAAUGGAAAAUGAUGGAUGGCAUUUUCUCAAUUUUCCAAUUAGAAAAUUAAAAAAAUAAAGUUAUAUUAUAUGAAAUUAAUAUAAUUAUAUUUAAGUCCCCAAGGGUCACAGUCUUUAUUUCAUAACUGGUUGCAGGCCGACAACGCCCGCGCCUCCUCUUCAGUUAGCAGUCGACGUCGCUGUUGACGCUGACGCCAACAGCGACGACGACGACGACGACAACGCCGACGCACAGGUUGAGCGGCUGAUUCGUUCAUUCGCUCAUUGCGGGGCUUCGUCUCUGGCUGCCUCUCCAUUCGGUAUGUGUCCGUUGCGAGCGUCAGUCGCACUCGUCGCGUGUGUUAAAUAGCUCCGUAUGUCAAAAGUUGAGUCCACAAACCAGAUUUGAAACCAAUGAAUAUAAUAACAUAAAAUAUGGCAUAUAAUUUCAUGGAAAUUCAUUAAGGGCGCCAUAUCAUAUUGAAUAUUCAGCAAAAGAUCAAAAGAAAUCCAACUUGUUGUGCUUUUUGAACAGGUUAGCAGUUUAACUUGUUAACGCUGAGUGGCGCCCUUUGGCACCUAGCAAGUAUUGUAUAUAGUACAUAUAGAUAUUAUGUCUGUAGCUCAGUUGAAAACAUCGAAAGUGGUUCUUAAGUGAGAGUGUGUGUGUGUGUGUGCGAAAGUGAAGUGCAAUAAUAAUAAAUUCUGCUGAUUAAGUGUUAUUCUCAAAAGUCGAUUGCUUAGACACUACUGCACAAAAGGAAUACUUCAAUUAACUUAGAUACGACAACGAAUAAAUUGAAAGAAGAGAGGAGUGGACCUGAGAAACGAACUCGCGACACCCACACAAAAGCACUCGAACUCGAAGCCAGACUUAAAUUAUAUGGUAGACUGUAGAAAUUUCCAUAUGAUUUUGGAGAUAAUGUGAAAAACUGGUAACAGCAUAAGCAACAACAACAACAUUGCUCUGCUCUCAGAUUGCCAGCCAAAUACGAAUUUCAAAUGUGAACCAGCAAACCAAAAUCUGUUUCCAACAGUUGUUUUCGGGCCCAAAAGAUUUGCGUGCAUUAAAACACACCGAAACAAAAAAAAAAGAAUUGUGAAAACAAACCAACAUUGGGCAAAAAUUAUUACUAAAAACUUUUGAAAGUGCAGUGAAAACGAAAUAUGAUUAAUUAGCAAACGGAGCAAAAAUCAUUAAUGUAUAAAUAUUAAAGCAAAACGUUUGCAUGUGAGUGAAAGAUUUUCGCGGCGCGUUGAAAAUCGCGCGCGGAUUUUCGGUUCUCUUGCGGAAGCAUUGCAAAGUGUUAAAACAAAAAAAAAACAACAA